AUGGAGGAAUACGUGGUUAAGAAAGGAAAACCAUGCUACAUAAAUUCUCCAAAAUUUUGGUUGCAAAGAAUUGUUCAAGGCUACUUUUCUGAAGCCAAAUGGUUGAAUGAAGGGUACAUUCCAACAUUUGAGGAAUAUAUAAGUCUUGCAGCAGAAACAUCUGCAGUCGAAUUGAUCACAUCAGUUGCGUUCCUUGGCAUGGAUGAUAUUGCAACUGAGGAAGAUUUUGAUUGGAUUUCCACUAAUCCUAAGAUUAUAAAUGCAGCAAGGCUUAUUGGCAGACUCAUGGGUGAUAUAGGGUCUCAUAAGUUUGAGCAAAAGAGAGGACAUAUUCCCUCAGCUGUUGAAUGCUACAUGAAGCAGCAUGGUGUUUCUGAAGAAGAGGCAGUUGAAGCAAUUAUGGAACAUGUUGCCAACGCAUGGACAGAUGUUAAUGAGGAAAUGCUAAAACCAACCGUUAUAUCAAUGUCUCUACUAGAGCGAGUUCUUAAUUAUUCGCGUGUAGCUCAUAUUUUAUACAAGGAUGGAUAUGAUGCCUUCACAGAGGCAUAUAAGCUUAAAGACCAAGUUGUCUUAUUGCUCAAGGACCCUGUGCCUCUUCAAGAGUAG